CCUCUCCCCUCCCCUAUGUUCUCAGCUCCCGCCUACUCCUCCCUCUCUCUUCUCUCUCUCUCUCUCUCUCUCUCUCUCUCUCUCUCUCUCUCUCUCUCUCUCUCUCUCUCUCUCUCUCCUUCCUUCUUUUCUCCCUCCCUCUCCUUCCUCCCUCUCUCCUUCCUCUCUCCUCUCUCUUCUUCCCUCCUAACCUUUCCCGUCCCUCCCCCUCCCUCUCUCUUCUCCCUCCUCUCCACUCCAUCCACACGCUCGCGCUUACACACGCUUACAUACACACACACGCACACGCACACACACGCACACACAUGUAUUUGGUGCUGUCGUAAAACCCACGUGUCCAGCAGAGAGGCUGCCAGAGCAGAGCCCAAGCUCCCGAGCGGUCGAGAGCAGCAGCCAGAGACAGCUCCGUCCCGCGUCCUCCCGCGCUCCGGCGCUCUCUGCGGAGCUGCUCUUGCGCCCUCCGCGGGCCUCCGUGUCCGUUGCCAGCAUUCCGGGGAGGGCUCCAGGCUGCGGGGUCUCUAAGGCUCUCGGUGUCCUCCGGCCUGGGGUCAUGUAGCUCUCCCCGGGCUCCCACCCACCGUUCGUGCACUGAAAGGGCCUCCCGCACCCAGGAACGCUAGCCCCCGCCGGCUGCUCUCGGUCCCCAGCUCGAGGCGUCGGACAUGCUGAAGCCGGGGGACCCCGGCGGCUCGGCCUUCCUCAAAGUGGACCCAGCUUACCUGCAGCACUGGCAGCAACUCUUCCCGCAUGGAGGAGGCGGCGGCCCGCUCAAAGGCAGCGGCGCCGCGCUCGCCCUGGGCGCGCCCCAGUCCCUGCAGCCGCCGCUACCGCCGCCGCCUCCUGAGCGCGCCGAGCCUCCACCGGACAGCCUGCGGCCGCGGCCUGCCUCGCUCUCGUCAGUCUCAUCCACCCCGGCUCCUUCCUCCACCUCUGCCUCUUCUGCCUCCUCCUGCGCUGCUGCCGCCGCCGCGGCCGCCGCCGCGCUGGCGGGUCUCUCGGCCCUGCCCGUGUCGCAGAUGCCGGUGUUCGCGCCUCUAGCUGCUGCUGCGGUGGCCGCGGAGCCGCUGCCCCCAAAGGACCUGUGCCUCGGCGCCUCCUCGGGCCCCGGGCCGGCUAAGUGCGGCGGCGGCGGCAGCGUGGGUGACGGCCGUGGCGUCCCACGUUUCCGCUGCAGCGCCGAGGAGCUGGACUAUUACCUGUAUGGGCAGCAGCGCAUGGAAAUCAUCCCGCUCAACCAGCACACCAGCGACCCCAACAAUCGUUGCGACAUGUGCGCGGACAACCGCAACGGGGAGUGCCCCAUGCACGGGCCGCUGCACUCGCUGCGCCGGCUUGUGGGCACCAGCAGCGCGGCGGCCGCUGCACCCCCGCCGGAGCUGCCCGAGUGGCUACGGGACCUGCCGCGGGAGGUAUGCCUGUGCACCAGCACCGUGCCAGGCCUGGCGUACGGCAUCUGUGCCGCACAGAGGAUCCAGCAGGGCACCUGGAUUGGGCCCUUCCAGGGCGUGCUCCUGCCCCCGGAGAAAGUGCAGACCGGCGCAGUGAGGAACACGCAGCACCUCUGGGAGCCAGAGUGAAAAGGAGUGACAGGAGACAACCAGACUGGAUGAGGCAAGGAGGUGGAAACUGGUGUGUCUUACUCUGCUCUCUGAACAAGAGAAAACCGGGAUGAGGAGAACUGCUCUUCCCUCACAGUGAACACCGCCCACAGUGGAUGCCACUGUCCACGGGCGAGCUCCUGGAUGCUACUCGGUGGACUGAAGAUGAAGAUCUCCUUGGUGGCUUACAGCUAAAUGUUUGCUCCAACUUUUGUGAGACUUUUCGUCCACACAGAACUCUCACUGCUAAAUGCCAUUUAAAAUCAUGGACUCAAUCUAUGGAUCCAGUUCUUAUAGGAUCCAAAUUAACUUCAUUUGUAAAUAUAUUUAGGGGGGCGGGGACUGGGUGGUUGUUUUGAUUAAAACUGAGUUUAAAAUAACCACUGUAUUUAAGCAAGUUUUUGAUGGGUGCAUCAUUGCAAAGAAUUUCACAUGUGAUUUUUAUGUUUAAGAGAGAGGAGAAGGAAAAGAAGGGAGGAGAGAGCAAAGGGAGGGGAAGUUGCUGCAUGUAAAUAUUUUCAAGGUGGUUCUUAGCAGAGCACAAUUACCAGUAUUUUCCUUUCUGGUGCCGGUGCUGUGUGGACACUGAAGACAGUUGUGCGCCGUGGACAUUACUGCUUCACUGCUGUGACAAGGGGUUACAGGAAAGAUCGGUUUGCAGUAGAGUCUGAGGGUGGCACCAAGCCAGUGCCCUGAAAAAUGGCAAAUAUGUCACAGCUAACAGCUGGAUGCAGAAAUAUUUCUCUUUAAUUUGGAUGGAUAAAAAAAUUUUUCACAGCGGGGGCACUCUCCAAAGAGUGUAACAUCAAAGAAGGUGGGUCUUUCCAGUCAGACAUCAGCUGGCUCCAGGAUGGGGCAAAAUGAAUGAACUGUCAGGACUUUUCCAGCAUGCUUCUGCCAAGUGAGAAGUUAAAGGUUCAGAAGUCCGUUCACAUCACAGAGUCCGGAUAAUGGAAGCCCGGUUCCCCAAAGUCCCACCCUGAUUGGCGGUCAGGGGAUGUCUGAGGAAGACUGUAGGUUGAUGGGUGGCAGGCUACCCACUGUCCUCAGAGAUAAAUGGGAGUCACCAGAUGUUGCAGGUUCUCAGGAGAUUCCUGGUCUCGCAUCCUAAUCUUCAGAGGCACCACCUCUUCUGCUAAGGGACACUUACCAGCAGCUGACCCAUACCGUGACCAGAAUACCCACUUUUAUCUCCACCUACUGCCUGGUCUCUGAGGAAGGCUUUGCCGCUGUCGCCACUGCCAGUGUUUUACAGUUCAUCGACACUUUUCAACUGUUUUUCUGAUUACCAUAUUUCAGUCUUGACUUAUAUGUUAGUAUUAUCUGCAAGCUCAACAUAAAGCUGUAAUGAUUUUCUAAUAUUUCUGGGACGUGAUGAAUGUGGAUUGACAAAGUACAGUAUAUAGCUUUCUCCCUGCAUUACUGAAAAUACAGCCGCCGCGUGUAUAAUCAUUACUCACUUACUUUAUGGGGGCAUUUAUUACUUGACCUUUGAAGUCUUGUCUCAAAAUCUUGGCAUUCCAGACAUUCCAGAACACUCUAAAACAAAGUGUGUGUGUGUGUGUGUGUGUGUGUGUGUGGUGGGGAUUGCCCGUUAGAAACAACAAUGAUAAAAGUUAAUUGUAAUGGAAGACACGGGGAGAAAUGAUCAUAAUAAAACCACUUACAGAAUUACAGACUUGAGAAUAAAUAAAACCGAGCACACACAACGUGGGCGCAGUGGCUGGUAUUUAAGGUAGACGCGUGGGAGGUGGAAUAGUCAAUUCUGAUUCCUCUGCUCGUUUUCUCCCCGAAUGUCGCUGGCCAUUCUGGCACACUGCCAAUGGGAGGAGAGUGGUUUUACACAGGACUGGGGAUUUAUUCCUUCAUCUAUUGCGUGGUUUCUGGCUGUGUAAAUUUUACUAACAGAUUAAGUAAUUUUCACUAAAUUGACAUUUGCCCUGAAAAUAGGGAUUUAUUUGAUAAAUGGCAUUGUUAAUCAUUGUGAACAUAGUUUUAUGACCCUCAUUUGGAAAACCUUAGAUGCUUUUAAAGAAAAAGCCCCACUGUUUUCCCCUGAUAGGACAGGUGGAAUAUGACUUAAAAAUAAUAAUAACACAGAGGCCUACUAUGAACCGCAAGGCUUGUGGGUGAGUUAUGUAUCUUUCUUAGUGCAAGAUGAUUUUUUAACCAAAAAAACCUGUAUUAGUUGUUUGUGAAUGUUUGUGUGCAUGUGUGCACUUGCACGUGCGGACACUCAUAAUGUGUGUGUCCACGGGUGCAUAUAUCACAGGUGAAGGCCACAGGACCAUUUCCAAGAUUUAUUAUUUGUAGAGCGGAGUAAUAUCUUUAAUCCACCUCACGAGUGAGGUGUGAGGCUCUCAGACUGGCCUGGCAGAGUGUUUAGAGAUCAAUGCUGUAAGAUGUUUGACUUGGUGACUGCCUGUACCCCUCUUCCUCCGUGGGUGUGGGAGGUCUUUACUCAUUUCAGAGGGGUGGGCUGACUUCCGGUCUCCGAAUUGUGUGGAACCAGAGGUUUUUGUAUUUGUUUACAUAGGUUUCCUAGCGGUGCCUCCUGAAUCCAAUAUCCAAAAUCUAAAGUGCUCUGAAAUCUGGAAUACUUGGAAGUGUUAACGCAAUGCCAAAACGUUUCGAUUUCGGAACGGUUUUAGACUGGGAAUUUCAGGUUACGGGUUCUCAAUCGGAUGACUCUUUUCUUCUGCUUUGAUCUGGCUCAGUUGGGGAGUUUGAAACCAGGACGUGGAGAGAGAGCUCUGAAGUUACGGCUGCUUGGUGCACAAACACGGGGACCAGAGUUUGAGUCCCAGCAUCCAUGUUUCAAGACAAACACGGGGGCAGAGACAAGGUCCACUGCGACUUUCUGAUUUUUCUGUCUUGCCUAAAACAUUAUAAGUUGCAGUACAGGGAGAGAGUCCUUCUCAAAGCAACAAAGGGGACAGUGGUGGCAGAGAGAUUGCCAACAACUUCCUUUGGCCCCUAGUGCACACACUCUCACACUUGUGUGCAUAACAUACACACACACACACACACACACACACACACACACACACACACACACAAGAGGGGUUAGAAAGGCAAAGUGCAUGAAUGAACACAUAGGAGAUUAGGAGCCACACUUGUGAGGGUCUUGUAGAGAGCUAUGCCAAUCCCUGUGCCUUUGACGGUCUGGGAUGAAGCUUACACACAGCCCUGCCCCUGGUUACACUUGAUUGCACAGAUCACUGCUUUCCUCGAGCAGUGUGAGUUCAUACAGCUCCGGUCUUCCCGUGAUCAACACAUCCAUGAUCAGUUAUCCUGUCUUGUAGCUGAUGUACAGGGUGGGAGAUAUUGGACUCCCAAAGCCACUACUAAUUAAAGCAUUUGUGAUCAAUACCUUUAGUUUCAACUAUGUUCCAAGACCGUUCUUAAAGAUGUGGGUGUCUGUGUGAAUACAGAGGGAUACUGUCAAGCUUACAAUAAUUAGAUUUAGGAAUACAAAGUACAGGCCUAAAAACAAAUUUGUGUACUGUUUUCUAGAUAGUAGCUACGUCAGUGUAGCAUUUUUCCUUUUUUGUAUGUACUUUUAUUUUUUUAACAUUAAAAAUUGUGUGUGUGG